ACUUUGGUCUUCUGUCACUUUCAUAACAUAACCAAACAUUUAUUCCAAUUCGAGUCUUGAGUGUUAAUCAGUGUCUCUUGGUGAUUUUCGUUUCUCAUGUGAAAGACAAAUAAAAAUUGAACUGAAAAUUAUGAAUGACUCGAAAAAAUCCCAAAAUACAAACCCAAUUUUUGAUCCAUUAGUUGAAUGUUAUGGGCGCAGUGCGUUGACUGGACUCGCUUCAUUUUGGUUCGUAUUUUCAACAUCGCAUUUCUUGCAAAAACCACUCAGAAAUCGAAUUGGAUAUCCGGUUGCCGGUUCCUUAUUUAUAUCCACAAGCUUAGCGUCCGCUGCUACUUAUUUCAUCACAAAAAAUUAUUUUGAGAAAUUUCCUAAAGCUAAAAGUGAUCCACGUGUGGAGAAUUAAAACCAACCGUCACCAAAGAAAAAAAAGAAAAAAUCAGAAAAUGUUAAGACACUUAAGCACUCGUUUUUUAACCUACACUUAUCUGCGUCGGGCAGCACAGAUCGAAUUAAAUGCAAGACAAUUCAAAUAUCCAUUGGCUUCAAAUUGCGGUGAACUUUUGCAUAUUCGCCAAAAGUAUGUUACAUCUGGCAUUCAGGGAAGACGAAAUUCAAAAACGGCAUCAAAAAAAUACAAUGAAGAAGCUGAAGAUGAAGAUGGUUUUGAUGAACUUGAAAACACCGAAGAUCGAGUGGCUUUGAAAAAUAGCGAAUAUAAUGCGCUUCUGCAUGAAGCGUUCGGUAUGCGCAAAAGUAUACAAUGUGAAGAGAAUGUUUUCGUGAUUCAGCCUUAUGUAAAAUGGGGUCCAAAUAAAUCGAAUGUUUCACCGGAUAUUAAAUUAAAAGAAGCUGAAGACUUGAUACGAUCGCUCGACACAUGGAACAUUACAGAAAGCAUAAAAGUACCAUUGAUCGGAUUUGGGCUACGUACGUUUUUUGGACGUGGAAAAAUGGAUGAGCUGAAAAAACGAGUGAAAAUGUAUAAUGGAGAUAUCGAUCAAAAGGUUAGUGCCGUUUUUGUGAGUGUAAGCAAGUUGGAUCAGCCGCAGAAAAUUCACUUGGAAGCCCUAUUUGGAGUGCCGGUGAUGGAUCGAUUUUCCAUAGUCAUUCAAAUAUUGAGCGCACACGCAACGAGUCGUGAGGCAAAAUUACAAAUUGCCCUAGCUGAACUGCCAUAUAUAUGGCAUCAUUUGGGAACGGAAGACAGUGCUGUUUCUCGUUCAAAAUUGACAGACUCGCAGAGAAGGAUGCUUCGUACCCGAGAGCGACGAAUCAAAAAUGAGUUGGAACAUAUUCGAGAGCAUCGAAAAAUGGUUCGCAAAAGAAGACUUAGUAAGGAAUAUCCCAUUGUGGCUGUUGUCGGCUACACAAACGCCGGAAAGACAUCUCUGAUAAAAGCACUUACAAACCAGGACAAAUUAGAACCGAAGAAUAAACUUUUCGCUACGCUUGAUGUCACAGCGCAUGCUGGCCGACUUCCAUGCAAUCUGCAGGUCAUUUACAUUGAUACAAUUGGUUUUAUGUCCGACAUUCCGACAGAAUUGAUCGAAUGUUUCAUCACAACGUUGGAAGAUGCAAUGAUGGCGGAUUUGAUAAUCCACGUACAAGACGUUGCUCACAUUAAUGUUGCCGACCAAAGGCAACAUGUUGAACGAACACUCCGCCAACUCAUGUACAGUUCGGAAUCUGAGAGAAGUCAACUAUUCCGAAAUAUCAUAAAUGUGGGAAAUAAGUGUGAUUUGGUAGAAGACCUGGACGAAAGCAAACAGUCAUUUGAAAAGAAGCCGGAUAGGAAUGAAACUUCCGAGCCGAUGCAUUUCGUUUCAUGCCACAAGGGUUCGGGCGUUGAAAAUCUGAUAAAUGCGAUCGAGAAAAAUAUCCUAAAAGUGACCAACAGAAAGAAAAUGAUAAUUCGAGUACCUCAGGGUGGCGAAGAGCUUGCUUGGCUCUAUAAAAAUACAGCGGUUAUACAAACCGACAUUUGUGACAAAAAUAACGAGUAUUUGAAUGUUCACGUUUUACUUACUGAUCUAAAUUUAACACAAUUUAAAAAUAAUUUUUUGAAAAAAGUCAAAUAGAUAAUGAAAAAUAGAAAAAUUUACUUUACUCAAGUCAAUAAAAACACAUGAAAAAUCUAAAA